AUGUCGACGUCCUCAUCAGAUCUGUCAGCGGCUUCUGCCAACGCCCAUGGCAAGCUUAAAUCUUCCCAAGGGCGCCAGUCGAGACAGCGCGAAGCUCACGGCAAUGUGGCCCAUUCUACUUCACAACAGGACAUCCUGCUUUUUCUUAUCGCUUUUCGCAUACUCAACGCCCUGACCAUCAGGACCUUCUUCCAGCCAGAUGAAUACUUCCAAUCUCUAGAGCCGGCAUGGCAGAUGGCGUUUGGAGAAAACUGUGGAGCCUGGAUAACUUGGGAAUGGAAGAAUGCCCUUCGAUCAGCCAUACACCCUGCCAUCUUUGCAACGAUCUACUACCUGACCAAUCUUGGUGUUGACAUCAUCCGAUUGAGCGCAGCAACACGCGCGGAACUCUUGCUAGCCGCACCAAAGAUCUUGCAAGCAUUCUUCGCAGCACUGGGCGAUUAUUACACCUGGCAGUUGGCACAAAGGGUAUUUGGUCACCAUAGUCGUCAGGCAUGGGCAACACUUGCUUUGACAGUCCUUAGCCCUUGGCAAUGGUUCUGCUCGACGCGAACCUUGUCCAAUUGCUUGGAGACGACCUUGACGGUUGCGGCGCUAUACAAUUGGCCUUGGCAGUGGUCACUGGGUGAUAGAGGUCAUGCUAGAUACGACGACAGGGGUUUGAGAAAGCGUGAGGGUAUUGGUCACGACGACGUGGAUGAGACCACAAGGUUGCGCCGCUGCCUUCUCCUUGCAGCUCUUGCGACCAUCCUACGCCCGACGAACCUUCUGAUAUGGAUUUCUGUUGCUGCCAUGACAUGCCUGAAUAUGUCAAGCGUAUGGUGGUGUGGUGGGUUUGCUACAACUCCCUGGAAAGGAUCGGACAUGUCAACAUCGUCUAGAUCUAUCUCAUUCCUCCGUGCCACUACACGAGAACGGCGCACACUUCUUUGGGAAUCUUUCCUCUGUGGCUCUACGAUUCUAAUACUGUCAGUAUUCGUGGAUCGCUUUUACUAUCGGUUCUGGACCUUUCCACCAUUGAAAUUCUUAUAUUUCAAUCUUGUCCAAUCUUUAUCCGUCUUUUACGGUAAAAACGACUGGCAUUACUACCUUUCACAGGGGUUUCCACUUCUGCUGACAGCCGCCCUUCCUUUUACGCUGGUUGGGUUGUACAAAGGCUUGCUCAGCACGGAUUCAAGAAUAACAACAUUAACGCGCACAAUCCUUUCCCAGCUCGCCACGAUUUCGUGCAUCGUCCCUACCGCACUCUCAUUACUCUCUCACAAAGAAGUUCGCUUUAUCUAUCCAUUGCUACCACUUCUCCACAUCUUGGCUGCAGGCCCAUUAAUACAAUUUUUUGCCCCCUCCUUUAUCCAUGCUCCACGAUCCCGCCAUAUUCCAUCCACCGCCCUUCUUAAACGCCUCCUCUUAUGUUUUCUCAUCCUUCUGAACGCCACCAUUGCCAUCUACACCACCAACAUUCACGGCCGCGGCGUCAUAGACGUACUCUCCUACCUCCGCCACCAACAUGAAACCUUCUACCUAUCUUCCCAAACCCACAACCCCAACCGCGAUCCAAAUUCAAAUACUAUUGCAAAUAAAAACCUCACAGCCGCAUUUCUAAUGCCAUGCCACUCCACCCCCUGGCGCAGCCAUCUAAUCCACCCGGCCAUCUCGGCCUGGGCCUUGACGUGCGAGCCACCACUACAUCUCUCAGCCGGAGAGAAGGCGAGUUACAUGGACGAAGCAGACGCUUUCUACUCGGAUCCGCUACUCUGGAUUAGAAGGAACAUGAGCCGCCAGCCUCCUUCGCCCCGCUCUGGAAUCUUCAUGGCAAGAGACAAGCAGAACCUGCAUCGCCGACUGGCGGAACGCAACAGUGAAGGAAAGCGAGCGUGGCCCGACUACCUCAUCUUCUUCUCCGCGGCAGAGCAGGUCAUGGAUACGGCAUUGCAAGGGAGUGGAUACUCCGAAUGCUGGCGUGGAUUCAACAGUCAUUGGCACGAUGACCUUCGCAGGCGCGGGGAUGUAGUGGUCUGGUGUUUAUUCCCCGAGAGAAGGAUCAAGAUGGAUCACAAGGAUGGGAUGGUAGGGUUGAUCAACAGUGUCAAGAGACUACUCGGCUACGCACAGGGGAAACAGGGCAACCGCGCCAGAUUCGCUGCGUUGGCGACGAGAGAUGCACAGCAGGGACGGUACGAGUAG